UUUAUGGGGCCACCCCACUGGGGCUCCCAGCAGUGCUCACAUCACAAACAGAUCUGAGUCGUGGACACACACAAAUGAGUGACUUAGAUUUGUUAGUGACACUGUUGAUUUUUGAUGUACUAUAAUAGCCGUCGGAUUAUGGAACCUCAUCUGAUCUGCAAAGCGCAUUCAAAUUUCAAAAGAAAUGAAGGGAAAGUCGACCGUUGGUGGUGGCUGCGCGUGGCAUGAAGUUGAAACUUCCAAGGACUCACACAAGCUCCAACUCUCUCUCUCUCUCUCUCUCUAUUGUUUUUCUGCGUUGUGUUUGUUUCUAUCGAACCAAAAAAGCUGCGACAAUUUCUACAAAGGAAACUAAAAUCCUCUCGCCCAUUAAUAGAAGAUGAGACGCCAUGGUUGGCAACGACCUCUCCACCCUUUACAGAUAGUGGGAAUGGCAGUUUAUAGUUUUCUGGUUGUGGCCUUUUUUUGCUUCUUGGGGCUUUUCCUUGGAAACAGAAUUGCAGAAAUCACUGUCACAACAAUUUUCUCCUUUGUGGCACUUUCAGGGAUGCUUCUGUUUAUUAGGUGUACCGCAAUUGACCCAUCUGACAAAACCCGUUUUAGAAACAAGAAGAGAAAAUCCAAAUCAAGAGGGUUAUUAAAGCUUAAUUAUGGAUUUAUUUUGGGUCAGAUUAUUACAAGGUUUUUCAGAAGAUUGGAGCGGAAGAUCCUUAGAGCUUUUAUAAGGAGGAAAUACUUAGAUUCAUGGCAAACAAGUGGUCAAAUGGAUCCCUUGCUCCCAUUCCCCCUUGUCAUGAAAGAUGAUGCAAUUGCACCUGACCCAGAUCCCAGAGAGGAUGACAUCUCCUUUUGCCCACUUUGUGAUUUUGAGGUUAAAAAGCACAGCAAGCACUGUAGGACCUGCAACCGGUGCGUUGAAGGGUUUGAUCACCACUGCAGGUGGUUGAACAACUGUGUGGGGAAAAAGAAUUACACAACAUUCAUUCUUCUAAUGAUUUUUGUGUUGUUAAUGCUCAUAAUAGAAGGGGGAACUGCUGCUGCCAUAUUUAUUAGGUGCUUUGCAGAUAAAAAAGGGAUUGAGCGGGAGCUGGAGAGAAAACUCAUUGUAGAGUUCCCAAGAGGAGUCCUUGCAGCAAUAUCUGUCAUGUUAGUUCUGAUGACAGCAUACAGUUCAGCAGCGCUUGGACAACUUUUCUUCUUUCAUGUGGUUCUCAUCCGUAAGGGAAUGAGAACAUAUGACUAUAUACUAGCAAUGAGAGAGGAGAAUCAGUCCAUUGAACUAGAAUCAUCUGAAGAUUCAGAUUUCUCGUCAGAUGAUGAGAGCUUCGAGCUUGAUUCUCCUGAAAAGCCAUCAUUUGUUUCCCGGUUUAUAUGCAGAGGACAACGAAAAAAUCAGAACCCACCAAGAUUAUCCAUAAGAAUUGAUGGAGAACAUGAACCACCUAAGAAGCAAGGUUUCCGUGCAAGCAUUGACCCGUGGAAACUCAUAAGCAUGAGCAGAGAUAAAGCAUUAUUAGCAGCUGAGAAGGCCAGAGAAAGGCUUAUGUUUCAUAAGCCUGUAGUGGGACAACACGAUGCACUGAAGCCACUUCCAUUGGAGACAAAAAGUGGACCAAUGUUGAACCUCCCAGUCCCAGUCCCACCAGUCCCAGUCCCAGAUAGAAAUGUAGGGUUUGGCUUGACACCUCUCAUCUCCAAAGGGAGGCAUUCAGUUUCACCAGGACGGUUCUCAAGCCCAAGAAGACGAUUUUCCAGUUCAGCAGCAGCAGCAGCAGCAACACCGAAGCACAAGUAUAAAAGUAAUUUUGAUUUGAAGUUAACUGAGGUUUCUAGAGAGCUUGAGACUUACAUCAGGCAGGUGCUUUGCUCUGUUUUUAAGAAGGAUGGAAGUGGUGAAGCAGCAUCCCCAACCACAAGAAAAUAAUUUACAGUUGAAUUUUUUUAUGUCUCAGCCUUUGAGAAGAUUAUUGGUUUCUAGUUCUUGAUGUAAUAUUCUUUAUGAGUAUCCUAGUGUUGAGAAUAUUGAGAUUCAAAUUCACUCGUAUACUCUUUAACAAUUUAUUUACAGGAAAAAAAAAGGGGAAGAAAACAUUUAUGUUACAUUUGAGGACAGAUUAAUUAAGACAUGUAAUUAGCCUGUGUGUA